CAGCGGCACAGCGGCUCGCUAGCUGGCGGCCGGCUGACUGCCGUGUUCUACUCUUCACGGUCUUCCUUUCUCCUCAUUCGAGUUAACUUACUUCUAACGUUAAUUUCUGACGUUGCGCACGCUCUACAUUUCGUAUGAUUUCGCUACUGGCUUGUAUAGUCAGUAUAGUAUCGUGGCUAGCUCGCCUGUGAAAGCCGUGAAAGCUGCACGUCGUUCCCUGAAUAAACGCGGCCAUGGUGGAUGUUCUGAACUGCGAGCUACUGUGGAUCAACGGGUCUUGCUACCGCAAACUGACGCCGAUUAAUCGGUUUUCGCCGUCAGAAAAUGUGGACGUUGCGGACAAAUGCCACGAAGUUGUCUACGAUGUUGGUGCAAGCGGUGUAACUUCCUAUGACGAUGAGCCGACUUGCUUGGGGCCUAAGCCGAAACCUCGGCCAGUGUCGAACGACAACAACUCGGACGGAGGGCCGAAAGGAUUCUUCCGCCGGACGCACUACGUGCCGCAAAAGUUCCUUCCGCGGCUCUGUGGGAAGAAGCAUGCUGUCAGGAUUCAGAUGGAACGCGAUACCAACACCCAAAUCAAGGUCCCCCAACCAGAUUCGUGCGAGGAUGUUAUUAUCAUCGGUCAAACGGAGGAAGACGUGGAGUCCGCUCAUCUUCGGAUAUCGGCCACCGUGUGCGGCAUGCGGCAGCACGAGCACUACACGCACUUCGUGUGCUUUCCCCUGAACAAUCCAAAGCUUUGCAGCACUCUGGAAGAGUUUAAGGAGAUUGUCAACAAGUCGUGCACGGGUCGAGGCCUGGAUCCGAACCUGUUUGUGAGCAAGCAGAAGUUGCACCUCACCAUCGGCAUGCUAGUGCUGCUCGAUGCCAAGGAGUGCAGCAUGGCACAAAAGGUGCUGGAGGGCUGCAAGGACUUGGUCACGUCAAUCUUGCAAGACGAGCCCCUGAUGGUGCGCGUACAUGGCCUGGAGAUCAUGAACGACGACGAGAGCGAGGUGGACGUGCUCUACGCCAAGGUGUCGUCGUCCUGCAACAAGGAGGGACCGCCGCGAUCUCCCGAGAAGUGCAGGCUGCAGCAGCUUGCUGACACCGUGGCCCAGCGCUUCUUGGACUCCGGGUUCAUGCUGCGUCAGCAGGAACGGGGUCGCGGACCCGACCACGUCAAGCUGCACAUGACCGUCAUGAACACCCGACUGCGCGAGCAACGUUUUGCCACCGAGAACACGACCCUGCCGCCCGCGCGCAAGCCCCGCAACUCCUUUGACGCCAGUGCCAUCAUGAAGCGGAACCGCGACUUCAGCUUCGGGCGUGUUCACGUUCCCAGCAUUAACGUGGUCGAUCCGCACAACUGCGACACCGACGGAUUUUACAAGAGGAUAGCCGCACUUGUUCUGCCAAAACAGCAGCAGCAACAGCAGUGACAGUCUGAGCCAUGGAAUCCCAUGACAAGUCAUCUUCCUGAAUUGUACAAAUGCCUGUUGGUUAUCAUGAUUUGUGUACUCGCGAAGUAGACCGUGUCUGUGAUACACAGUUUUCGGUUAUCCUAUGCAUAAUAAAGAAUGCAAAUAAAGCCUUGUUUUUCUUUUCA